AUGGGAUGUUGUGGCAGCAGCAGCCGCAGCAGCCUCGUACGGAAGGGUGGUGUACUACUCACACGUGAUGAUUCGGAGGAUUGGUCUGUGCCUAGUGUCGUCCAUCUAGAGCUCACCAUCAAAGACCCCUUAAAGACCUAUUCUGGUGGUAACGGUUGCAUCGCCGAGCCCACGAAAUGGAGCGAGGAAAUGUUUGAGGAGAAACUGGCCAAUCGCCGUCGUGACCGAGCGCAGUCAAUGCAGUCGAACAGAGGUGGUGACGACUGCACUACACGUUCCGCGCGAGGCUGCUCUCGAUGUGACACCAACAGGAGUGUCACCAUCUUGGGUGAUCGGCAAUCUAAUCAGGAAAACAAACAUACUCCCACAUUAAUUCGGUAA